AUGAAGGGCUCUGUUUUCGCUCUAUUUCUAUUCUCUGCCCUAUUUGCCAUCUCAGAAGUGAGGAGCAAGGAGUCUGUGAAGCUCUGUGGGCUAGAAUAUGUCAGAACAGUCAUCUACAUCUGUGCUAGCUCCAGGUGGAGACGAGACCAGGAGGGUGUCCCUCAAAGACAGCAAGCUGAGAAAGGAAACUCCCUCUGGCUUCUGAAUAAACAUGGAGUUUCUGAGGAAAACACAGCACAAAACCAUCCAACAAUGGGUGUCUCCUUGGAAGAACGCCUUCAGGGUGGACAGUUGAAGCAUUCAGUGAUGGCAAGACAAGAUUUGCGAACUUUGUGCUGCACCGAUGGCUGUUCCAUGACCGACUUGAGUGCUCUUUGCUGA